AUGACUCUUCGCAAACAUCCACGGGAUCGACAAUCCUCUCCUGUCCGUGGCUCGGAAAACCUCCAGAUAUCCGAGCCAAAGCUUCACAUCCCGAAGAAGAGGUUCCUGAAAUGGUUAGAUAGUCUGCCCAUGUAUCCUCGGGAAGUAAAGAUCAUACCGGAAGGGGAGUCCUAUAUGAAAUACUGGUGUGGUCCUAAAACAGAGUACGACCAGCACAUUAUAGACGAAGCUAAUUGGCUCAUGCAAUCAGAAUCAGAGGGGUGGGACAUGCAGAAGAAGAUGGAGCACUACAUCCAAGACUGCCACAUGACGGGAUGGGCGAAUUUCCCUUCCUCGCAUUGCCUGGUGAGCUGCGCAACCAAAUCUACGAGGCCGCACUCAUGGGGACCCAACGGCGACAGAAAGACCUACAUCCGUGCACAUCCAUACAAUAAGCACGAAGACUCGUAUAAAGUCAACCUGUUCCUCGUCAAUCGCCUGCUCCGCGACGAAGCUCGCCGGAUCUUCUACAGCCAGAACGAGUUCCGCUUCGACACAAGCCCUGGCGAUCCAGAAGCAUGUUUGGGCGUACCCUUGGCCUUCUUCCGCGAUCGCCCUUGGCAAGUCGUCAGAAACAUGAUCCACAGAAUCCACAUAACCGCACCAUGCAGGAGCGAGCUAUUCGAGUUCAUCCUCCGCCGCAAAAUGUCGCUGCACUACUUGGGCGUGACAUUCUACGGCCACGUGCCCACAGCACGCCUAAGACCAGACGGAGGGCGGGAAUACGAAUGGCACCCCCCUGGUCCACACGAGAUUGUGGUACAAGACGGACCCGGAGACGCCGACGCGGGGAAACGCUGUUGCGUUCGUGGCUAUGAUGCGGCAGAGCAUGCUUGUGGAUGCGGCAAAGCUGCAUUUGGGGGAGGAGGGUUAGAGUCGCGCAGUUGGCUGAGGAUGAUUGUUGUCCUUGUAGUAGCUAUCGCUUGCGGAGGUGCUGCAGGAGUCAUCCGAAUUAUCGCUUUGGAGGUGGAUUGUAAGGAUGACUGUAAUGGGGUGUCGUUGCUGGAAGAGGUAGGGAAAGGAGACAAGAAAUUGGAAGUUGAGAAUUGAAAACUCUUGAUGGAAGCAGACAUGGUUAGCGGUGGCGGAGAGAGCACACAGAGGAACUUGACGUCGAUGCUAGAGCUUUGGUGUAUCGUCUCGAAUAUGGAUGACCGCCAUUUUUGCUCAUUCAACGAGGAAUCGCAAUUUGAGGUGGUUCACGUCCUGCGCCUUUCAGCUUAUCAAUCCAGUAGCCUUCUCCGACGAAAGGUUCUUAAGUUUGUUCUAACCAUUCAACGGGAACGAUUCUUUCGAGAACCACCGGAUAGCGAAUGAGUUCCUUGCCCCGAGUUGGUGGUGUUUCUUCAAUGUUUGCUAAUUUUGUAGAAGAGAGAGUAUUGGAAGAGAAUAUGGUCAGAAGGUGCAUGAGGAUGCGUGGAGUAAUAAAGAACCGGU